AUGGCUGGGCGAACUCCAAAGGACGUUUCGCCAGAGGGCGAACGGCGAACACCCAGAAGCGCAAGAGGAGAGGCCAACAGGCGGCCCCCAUUGCCCUUCGUUUCAGUGGCAGUUCGCAUCAGGCCCAACCUUUCUCAAGAGCCCGUGGCACUGUGGGCCAAGUCCUCCGCGAGCUCGCAGCGCGUGUGCUGCCACCGUGGGUUCUUGCUUGAGGAGUACGAAUUCUCCCGAGUCUUUGGGCCGGAGGAUGACAAUCAGACGUUGUUUGACCAGCUGCAGGGCAGUACCCUGACGGGCAGCGUCUUCCAGGGGGUCAACGAGACUCUCUUCGCUUAUGGCCAGACGGGCAGCGGCAAGACGCACACCAUCUUCGGUAGCCGCACCGAACCCGGCCUCUUGGAGCUCUUCGUCCGCCGCUUCUUCGCCGUGGCCCCGCCGAAUGCUGCGCUGUUUGCGGGCUGCUAUGAGGUGCUGGGCGACUCGCUCACGGAUCUCGUGGAUUCGCGAAGGUUCCUCUCAGAAGGCAGCUUGCAUCAUGAGGAUAUUGUCCAUGACGAGCUCUUCGUCAAGACGCAGCGAUGCAGCUACCAGAUUGUGCGUGUUCGCACGGCUGAGAUGUGUCUCAGCCUGCUGAACAAUGCGAGAUGCAACCGAACAUCAGGCAUCUCCUCCUUCAAUGAUGAUUCUUCCCGGUCGCAUGCCAUUGUACAUCUUUUCGUGCAGAACCCAAGCUGCGAUGGGGCAUCUGCAAGCAUUGGCACCUUGACUCUCGUUGACCUGGCGGGCACGGAGAAGGAGCACGAGAAUCCGUCGGAGAAGGGCCGAAAGUCCGCCAGGCUUUUGAACACGUCACUUUCUUCGUUGAAUCGACUGCUCCGCAAGCUGCAAACGGGGAGCCUCGGUGAGUCGGAACGACGGCAGAGUGUCCUCAACAAGUGCCUUUGGGAGUACUUACGUCCUGGCUGCGGGAUUGCGCUGGUUUUCUGUGCAAGCCCGCUGCUUCAGCACAGAACUGCAACUCUUUCAACUCUUGCGAUGGCCACAGACAGCAAGCUCAUCCACAGCCAGCGAAAGUCCCAGUACAUCAAUAUGCCCAGCAGGGCCCAGGCCCCUUCGCCUUCACCCGCUAGAGCCACGGCUCCGCCUGCUCCGGUUCCUUCAGGAGGUGAGGGGCCUCGUGGACCGAGUGCGCCGCCCACGCCCAGGGGUGAGACGCCCAGGCGCCCAGUGGGGAUGGCUCGGCUGGCCGGGCAGGAAUCUUCUCGCCGCGAGCGAAGCAGCAGCCUGGACGGGGCAUCUGAUGAGCUUCUUGUCGAGAACGAGAAGCUUCGAAGGAAGCUCGACAUUGCCCGAACACGGAGCCGGGAGCGACUGCUUCAGGUUGAGCGUCAGAGAGAUCAGCUCGCAAGCGAUCACAUGGCUCUGCAGCGUGAAUGCGAGUCACUCCGAGCUCUGUUCAUUCGCCAGCAGCAGCAACAGCUUGCCUUUUGGACAGGGCCUUUCAUGGAGGUGCUGCGCCGAGAUGGGCCGCCUGGCAAAGUCGAGGCCUGGGAUGAUGCUGCAAGCCAGGCUACGGAAGCUCCCCCAUCUCCUCCGGCAAGGUGUGGCGCUGCGGGCGUGCAGGGUGCAGCACCUUGCCUCGUGACCUCUUCUGCCCCAAGACCUUGCGCUGCUCAAAGCCCUUCCAGCCUCCAGUCGCAGCUUGAGUACUGGCGCGAGAUGGCGCUGGAUCUCCAAAGGAAGCUGCAGAAGCCCUGCAUCAGCUCCAAGGCAACGCCGACACCGGAGACUGCCGUAAGUCUCGCUUCGCGCAGGUCUGAGAGCAGCAGUGAAGGAGAUUGCCCCGCAGGCAAUUUGGCAGAAGAUUCUGAGACGACAGUUGCAGAUGGACGAGAGUUGGUCAGCCAUUGA